AUGGAACGGUUGGCGCAGACGCGCGGGGAUUUGAUGCGGGACCACCACGCCGCGGAGGGGAUCCGAAGGCGGGUGCUGGAGGCGCGGGAGCACGCGGCGUGGGUCGCGAGCGGCGGCGUAAGCGGCGUAAGCGGCGUAAGCGGCGGCGCGGGGCCCGGGGUCGAAGGAGAGAGCGACGACGACGACGACGCGGCGACCGCGGCGGCGGCGGCGGCGCGCGCGAGGGGAAAGCGACGCGGGGUCACGAGCGCCGCCGCCGCCGCGCGGCACGGCGGCGCGAUCGCGGCCGCCGCGGAGGCCCUCGCGGGAUCGCUCGUCGAGCUCGGGCGCUACGACGAAGCCCUGGACGCGAUGCGGCGCGGCGUGGACGUGCUCGAGCUGCGCGCCGGCGGCGGCGCGUCGACCGCAUUGGACGCCGCGGAGGCUGCGCUUCUCCGCGCGUUCACGACGGCGCGGCGGGCGUUGGGGCUCGACCGGCUCGGCGGCGCGCUCGCGGCGAACGCGGCGAGAAACGACGCGCUGCAGCUCGCGUCCGCGCGCGUGCGGUUGGCGGAGGUCGAGGCGAGGGCGGCGAGGGCGCGCGGCGGCGGCGGCGGCGCGGACGCGGGCGCGGACGCGGACGAGGCUUCGGCGCAGCUCAGACGCGCCGUCCGCGCGCUGCAGCCGAUGGCGGAGACCGCGGCGGGAGAGAUGGCCGCGGACGUCUCCGAGAGCGGCGAGAGGGCGCGCGCGGAGCGCGAGCGCGAGCGCGAGGACGAGGGCGACGAGGGCGACGAGGGCGACGAGGGCGACGAGAGCGGAGACGCGCGCGGCGUCGCCGCGGAGAUUCGACGGCGCGAAGCCGCGGCGGCGCCGGAGCGUCGCGUCGCGUCGUUGGUGUUGUUCGCUCGAGCCGCGCGCGGGAUCCUCGCGCUGAAGCGUCGCGCCGAGAGUACUUCUUCUUCUUCUUCUAAUUCGUCGUCGUCGUUCGAUGACGCGAGCGCGCACGUCGGGGACGCGCUGGAGUGGUUGUACGCGGGGUGGGCGUCGGCGGCGGCGGCGGCGUCGGCGGCGGAUGCGGUUGCGGAAGCGUCGUCGUCCGCCGGCGGCGGGGCGAAGAGCGCGCGCGUCGGGGGCGAGAGCGGCGGCGGCGGCGUCUCGAACGACGCGCGACGACGCCUCGCGAUCAUCACGAGGGAGCUUCGCGAGUGCAGGUCCGCGCUCUCGCGCGGGGCGUGA